AAGUGAUUGCUUUUGGGUCGCGGCGCAGGCGCAGACCGCGGGUAGUGCCGGCGACGAGUGAAGCGCGAGGUUCACGCUUGUGCGGUCCGGGGUGGUCAGUGCGGUGAAGGCGUCAUGUCAGACAACGAGGACAAUUUCGAUGGCGAUGACUUUGACGAUGUGGAGGAGGACGAAGGACUAGAUGACUUGGAAAAUGCCGAGGAGGAAGGUCAGGAGAAUGUUGAGAUUCUCCCCUCUGGCGAGCGACCGCAGGCCAACCAGAAGCGCAUCACCACUCCGUACAUGACCAAGUACGAGCGAGCCCGUGUGCUAGGCACCCGGGCCCUCCAGAUCGCGAUGUGCGCCCCAGUGAUGGUGGAGCUGGAGGGAGAGACAGACCCGUUGCUCAUCGCCAUGAAGGAACUCAAGGCCCGGAAGAUCCCAAUCAUCAUUCGCCGGUACCUGCCAGAUGGGAGCUAUGAAGACUGGGGCGUGGACGAGCUCAUCAUCACCGACUGAGCAGCGUUGUCGGACUGUGCCUGGGCGCCAUUUCUAUGCCCAUUUUAUACAUGUAUAUAAUAAACUUCGCCCUUCCCACCCC